GGGAUUGCACUUUCUGAGUAGAGUUAGGAGUUCGGUUAGGGGGGGUUAUAAUUUAAUUUUACGUGGUCGGUGACAUGGUUGGAUUUGACUAUUUGACUGCAGAAGGGGAAAAACUCGAUCUGACAGUUUGUGUCACCUGCAUUAAUGUCUUCAGUUGCGGGGGAACCCAUUAAGAUGAGAGUGAGGACCCAAUUUCCAACUUUCAGCAUACCAGUCUCCGAGGCAUGCACAACCUCUCUUCGUGUUUUGCAAGGCCUGACAUAACCUUCAUCAUCCACUGUUUCGCGAGGGAAUCGUGCCUACAUGAGUUCGUCCUGUAUGCAGUCACUAGCUACCGUCCAUACCGCGCAGCUAGAGUACCGCCGGGAGUGCCUUCGAAAGGAUCAGCCUGCUUGAUAAACCCUAGAGUUUUGUCCUUUGUUUUUAGGAAUAUUUGGAAUUAUACUCGGUGCUUUAGAUCUGGCCAAUCAUACUCAGGAGAGGACGCGGUCAAGUUUUGCUCCCGCAACCAAGUUUGUCUUGAGUAGCCAAAAGAUUAUACCAGACUUGAAUAGAUUUGAGGUGUCGAAUGUCUCUGGAAGUGGUUUCUCGCCUGAGUUGAGAUCGAUGCUUGUGCGAGAGACACUUGCUUGGUGACGCCCAUCUUGGAGAUUCAACAGUCAUUCCUGGGUCCCAAUACGAUCGAUUCUCCUCAAACAGCCCCUUCUCUCACUUCGUCCUCACAGUUCAUGCUUUAUGAGUACUUCUUUUCUAGCUCAUAAACCCUAAUGUGCUUCCGCGGCAUGGUCACUCAAGUCUUCAGAGUGGUCCAGAGAAGUUCGAAAGUAGUGUUCAGCAAUCUAUGACAGCUCGAGCGGCUCCUCAUGUUUCGAGUGGAUUUCCAACACAGAAUCUUCAGUACCGUGGUGUGUUUGUCAUAACUUCUGAGGUUGUAGAAUCUCACGCGUAAGUACUACGGUUUUCCAGGAGUAGGGAAGGGCAGAAUCAGACCUCACGGAAUUGGUAACGCGGCGAUCCCUCAAACGAGUACGAGGUACUACCAUACUGUGAUUGAACCGACGCGGCUUUGCAUCCAAAAGUGCUCGUGCUGGGGUGCGAUUAUGCAAUGAUUUGUUCGCUGACGACUAGAACCGUCGGGUGGCACUUGAUUUCGGUAGCAAUUUCAGCUUCACAGUGGUGAAAAAGUUUGCAGCCUUGCAAUGUAUUUGCAAAUCGCAUUGUCCCUCUUGCACACGCAGACUCAUUCAAGUUCACGCUCUUUGUGAGGUCGGUGGAUUUUUCCUUUGAGUACUGCGAGUAUAAUGUUCGAGUCUUUCGCUGCAGAGAUUCUAAUUAUCUCUACCUUCAAUCUGAGCUUCAGGAGAUUUUAUUUGCGCUAGUAUGUGUACCGUUUGUUACUAAUUACUACAGGAGUGAUGAGACUUCAGAACCUCGACUCUCAUGUCGUCAACUAUAUUUGUCCACUUUUAGUAGAGUGUUGCAAAUUCAUCUCCUGAAACUUUUGGAUGCCGAUUGACUUUGUUGCUUUGCUACCGCAAUGCAGGUUUACAAGAUUAUAGAAACAUGCGUAGUAUGUGGUGUUGGAAUUCUACGGUUAGUGACGAACCAUGUAACUUGCUUGGGACGAUGAACCGCCAUUUCCACAUCCAACUUGGUCAGUAGGCCUCGCUUUCCAACUUGUCGGUAGGUCGGAAAUGGCUGUGGUGAAGUAGGUUGCUUCGCUCGCGACACAUUCGACGACAGUCGUGUGUGUUUCUUUCUAACGUCUGCACAAAACUGGCCGGCUUAACGAGACCUUUAGCCAAAAUGUUAAAUUUCUGGUCGUGCUCGUAGUGCAUCAGUGUUCUUACUCGUUGGGUAUUUUUUGACGCAACGGCUCAACACGACUUAAUUAGAGGCAGCUGUAUGAGUGGAGCGCACGGAGAAGCCGAUCUAGCAACCGUUCUCGUUUAGCCCUAAUGGUAAUAUUGCUUGUUGCGGGUUCAGCCUAAUCUCUGUAAGAAUCAGAUAAUGCUGGCUCGUGAAUCUCUGGUCCUUUCGUGUUUCACUCUUGUGAGCUUAUCUGGAAGUGUCCGUUCAGAAUUUCAGGAGUGCGCCAUCUCUCAACCAUCAAUGUGCUCUCAAUAACCCUCCAUGGGACUGUGCGAAUGUGGUUUCAUAAGUAGGGAACAACUAGAGAUCUAUCGACUCUCUGGUGAUAUGAAAUGCAGGAGCUUGUUUGAAUUCGACCGAGUCGUAGGGUCGGAACAAAGAAGCAUGAAUUUGCAGAGGUGUUGGGUAUUAGUGAUAAAUUUGGGAGUUAUUUUAUUUAUUUAUUUAUUUUGCUCUAAUUCUUUUGCCCCCCUGAAAGCAUUCACCAUGCCCUCGGCUGUGCUUUUAUAAUCUCGCUUCAGGAAUAGCGAUAAAAUUGCUUAAGGUGCGUCCCAUCGCGUACCAGAAAAAGCCUUUUAGGGAGGCUGAAAUUCGCAAGUUGAUUGAGACGUUCUGAUCUAUCGUCUCUCUGGUGAUAUGAAAUGUGCUGCCUUCCAUGAGCUUGGUUGUCCUGCGCAUGAUACAAGUCGAGUCUCCUCUCUCUUUUUUGCCCUCCGAUUUUCAUAUGAGCAGUUUGGUACAACUAAAACGUUCCCUGAGGUUGAACAUUCCUUUUGUGUCCAACAAGUGACGAUUGAAGAGUGUCUUACAUGAAAGUGACAGGUCCCUGAUGGAGGUCACCAGAACUGGAACCUUCUGGAUGGUACCCUUCUAGAGGAGCUCCACUUGCUCACGAUAGGAUAUUUGUAGUUGUGAUCAAGUGAAAGAGACAGUGCAAGCUAUUGCAAAAUGUAAAAUCUGAAAAAUCUGGAAGGCAUGACCCAGUUGACGAUGCCACAUGCUUCCUACAGACCCAUAUUGAUUAGUUCUUUGGUUUUUAUAUAUAUUUUUUGUCUUCUGGAUUGACGUGGAGCUAGAUACUAUGCCUGGCAGACACACAGCGGAGUUGUUCAAGCCGGAGCUUGUUGUGGAUUCAUCUUCAUUGAAUUGAAGCCCGAAGGAGCUGGAUUCUCACAUGAUUCUUAGAAGAGGCUUCAAGAUAGCAAAAAGAUCCCCUGCUAUGGGAGCAAACGCGUGAAGCUGGACAGCAGCUUCGUCGUUCACGAUGGGCCCGGGCCCUUCUUGAUAGCGAUCGAGUCUUCAUCGUCACCCAGUGUCAUCAGCUCAAGAGCUCGGGAGCUUCAUGUAACUACAAGGUUCGGGACACGUCAAGAGUCGCUGCUCUGUGGUACUGCGAGUAGCUGCGAUCUAUGUCAGACGCCUGCGAGGACCCAGGCGACGUCAAACGGCCCGAUGUGGGUGGGAAUGAGCGAUCACCGGACGGGACGAACGCAGCAGCGGGUGCCGACUCAGGAGCAGACGAGCAGGAAGAUUCUAGCGAACGCGUGGAGAGUCCCACCUCGUCGAGGAGACAAGAGACGGAAGUGCGAAAGAAGGCCAAAGCUGAGGGAGACACUCGGCACCCUAUCUACCGCGGGGUGCGGAAACGGCCCUGGGGCAUCUGGGUAACUGAAAUUCGUCGCCCCAAGAAGAAGUCCCGCAUCUGGUUGGGCAGCUUUGCCACAGCGGAGAUGGCAGCGAGGGCCUAUGAUUGCGCUUUGGCUUUAAGGGGAAACGGAGCGCUUCUCAACUUCCCCAAGCUAGCGCAUUCUCUUCCCAGACUCGCCGACCUUAGUGACAAGUCCAUUCAAGCGGCAGCUACACUUGCAGCAAACAACUUCACACAUCGAGGUGAGGGAAACAAAUCUUUGGAUCAGCUCCUAACUUCAACUUCGCAGUUACCCGCCAGCUCUCCCACAUCGAAGCCGGACGCAGAUUAUCAGCAUUACGAACAGUGCCAUGGCUCAAGGCAAGCGUCCAAGAGCACAUCACUAAGAACACGAACAUCUCCCCAAAGUCCUUAUGAAUCGUCUCCGAAUGGAAGCAAGAGUUCGUCUACUCAGGCCCAGCCACAGAGGAGAGAGGACUCUAGCUCAGCUCCGCACUUACCUGCAACUUUAACGGGCAACAACCAGAGGAUCAUUACGGACUCCUCGGCUGGCGGCACAAGUAGACGUGACAACGUGGAUUACAGUAGCAGUAGGGAUCACUCAAUGGAGAAUUUUCAACAUCAAGUGGCGGGGGAUAACCUUCCUGGUUCCUGUAGCGUACAGCAGCCAAUGUACGUUGAUUCUGAUGAUAUGUUUGCAAUCGGGUUGACGAGCUUGUGCGAUGCAAUGUGCAUCCCCCCUCCUGAUUCUGAGCACGCCACCGAAACUGACGGCGAGGAGGGGUCCAACACUUGGGAGCCACAUCUUUGGAGUUAUUAACCCCCCUAUCAUUUUCUCAUUCUCUACACUCCCUGCAAUGUUUAUACCCAUUCAACGUGAACAUCCAUUUAGAAAUUGUUCCCACAACGACUCAGUGCCUCUCUGAUCAUUGCCGUUGGGUUCUAUUUCGUUGGUGUCAGAUCCUUCCUAACUGUGAAGGACUAGUAGGCCGUUACUUGUUCACCCUCCUGUUUGCUUAUGUCAUGAAUGCAGUGUGCUGCAGCAUUAAGUUCUCAGUUUAACGGCGAUCUGAAGGUUUUAAUGAAUGAUACAUGCUAUGAGCUGAUCACGUCCCAAUUCAGAAUCA